AUGUGCGUGCUCCACUGCCCGCUCUGCGCCCUCCCCUUCAAGCCCCCCGUCUUCCAGUGCAAGGGCGGGCACCUGGCCUGCGGCGGCUGCGCGGCCCAGCAGCCCUCCGGGCAGUGCGGGGCGUGCGCGGACGGCUGCGGCUUCUUCGACCCCUGCCCGGCGCUGGACGCCGUCGUGUCCUCCACCCGGGUCGAGUGCCCCAACGCCGGCUGCCACAUGUACGUCACCUACCACGAGGCCGACGAGCACCGGAGCGCGUGCGCGCACGCGCCCUGCCGCUGCGCGGAGCACGGCUGCGGCUUCGUCGGCGCGGCGCCGGACCUCGCCGGCCACCUCAGUGCCGCCCACUCCGUGCCGGUGCACGCCAUCCGCUACGGCAAGGUGAGCCGGCUCCAGGUCCCCGUGUCCACGCCGCGCCUGCUGCUCGUCGGCGACGGUGACGGCCGCGUGUUCGUGCUCACCGUGGGCGCGCUCGGCGCCGCGGCGACCGCCGUGUCCGUGGUCUGCGCCAGGGGGAGCGCGGCCACGAGGCCGCGGUUCACGUGCAAGAUGUGGGUGAACCUGACCACGUCCGCGGCCGCGGACGGCGGCAAGGCGGACAUCGUGCUGGUGGAGAUGCAGGUGAGGAGCAGCACCUCGCCCGGCGCCGUGGUGGCCGCCGGCGAGCCGACGUUCCUCACCGUGCCGCCGGCGUACCUGGUCCCGGGAGCGGACGGGGGCGACGGGGCGGCGGCCAUGGAGGUGCCACUCAGCGUCCGCAUCGACAAGAUCGCGCCUUGGUCCGACUGA